GUGGCUGGGUGCUGCUCACCCCAGGGUACCCGGAGCCGCGGAGCGGGUGGGUGGGGUCGGAGCGAAAGUUGCGAACACGCGAGCUGGCGGCCGGUGUCAUGGAGCCGGUCCCUGCUCCGUCCCCCGGGCCUUCCCGCUCCUUCAAGGAGGAGCUGCUCUGCGCCGUCUGCUACGAUCCCUUCCGCGAUGCCGUGACCCUCCGCUGCGGCCACAACUUCUGUCGCGGGUGCGUGACCCGUUGCUGGGAGGUACAGGUGGCGCCCACUUGCCCAGUGUGCAAGGACCGCGCGGCCCCCGCCGACCUACGCACCAACCACACCCUCAACAACCUGGUGGAGAAGCUGCUACGCGAGGAGGCGGAGGGCGCGCGCUGGACUGGCCACCGCUCCCCGCGCCUCUGCCGCCUGCAUCGCGGCCCGUUCAACCUCUUCUGCCUCGAUGACAAGGAGCUGCUGUGCUGCUCGUGCCAGGCAGACCCCCGGCACCAGGGGCACCGCGUGCAGCCAGUGAAGGACACUGCCCACGACUUUCGGGCCAAGUGCAGGAACAUGGAGCACGCGCUGAGGGAGAAAGCCAAGGCCUUCUGGGCCAUGCGGCGCUCCUACGAGGCCAUUGCCAAGCACAAUCAGGUGGAGGCUGCCUGGCUGGAAGGGCGAAUCCGCCAGGAGUUUGAUAAGCUUCGUGAGUUCCUGAGAGUGGAGGAGCAGGCCAUCCUGGAUGCCAUGGCCGAGGAGACGAGGCAGAAGCAGCUUCUGGCUGAGGAGAAGAUGAAGCAGCUCGCGGAAGACACAGAGGCUCUGGCCCAUGAAAUCGAACGGCUUCAGAUGGAGAUGAAGGAGGACGAUGUUUCUUUUCUCAUGAAACACAAGAGCCGAAAACGCCGCCUCUUCUGCACCAUGGAACCAGAGCCCGUCCAGCCCGGCAUGCUCAUCGAUGUCUGCAAGUACCUGGACUCCCUGCAGUACCGCGUCUGGAGGAAGAUGGUCAUGUCUGUUGAAUCUGUGCCCUUCAGCUUUGACCCCAACACUGCAGCUGGCUGGCUCUCCGUGUCCGAAGACCUCACCAGUGUCACCAACCAUGGCUAUCGCGUGCAGGUCGAGAACCCUGAGCGCUUCUCCUCAGCGCCCUGCCUGCUGGGCUCACGUACCUUCUCCCACGGCUCCCAUGCCUGGGAAGUGGACCUGGGGGCGCUGCCCAGCUGGCGGGUGGGGGUGGUGCGCAUGCGCCAGGACACCGGCGUGGAGGGCCACUCACACAGCUGCUACCACGACACCCGCUCAGGCUUCUGGUACGUGUGCCGCACGCAGGGGGUGGAGGGUGACCACUGCGUGACCUCGGAUCCAGCCACGUCGCCCCUGGUCCCCGCCAUCCCUCGCCGCCUGCGUGUGGAGCUGGAGUGCGAAGAGGGCGAGCUGUCCUUCUACGAUGCCGAGCGGCACUGCCACCUCUACACUUUCCACGCCCGCUUUGGGGAGGUGCGGCCUUACUUCUACCUAGGGGGCACGCGAGGGGACGGGCCCCCCGAGCCCCUGCGCAUCUGCCCCCUGCGCAUCACGGUCAAGGAGGAGCUGGAUGGCUGAGGCUGGCCCCGGAGGCUUGCGCCAUGAUCCUGCUGCUUUUCCGCCCCUCUUCCUGGAGCCCACACUCGGCUGGGCUCCUCUACCACCUGCUUUCUUGACAGGAUCUUGCAACUGACCUAUUUGGUCCUUCUCCAUGGCUCCAGGUUCCAAUCCUCCCCCUUCAUUUUUGGUUCCUUCUCCAAUCACAGUAGACAGCCCUUCAGGAGGCAGCCAGUGGCCAGGCUCUUACCAGAGUCGUGGCAUAUUCUGAAUUGUGAAUUUUCUGAAUCCUAAUUCCAGGAUUUCUGGCGAUGAUGUUUGCCUCUAAAAUAGACCUGUUUUAAAACAUAGCUUUUAGUAUUAUCCAGGUAUGGUGAGGCCAACAGACCACGAGACAACUGCCAUU